AGCAUGACUAAUCAUUCAAAUUAUCAAAUUUUUGAUUUAGGCUGUAAUUAGCACCACAUUCUCAACAAAAUCCUGUGACGCUACACCUGCUCAUGGGGCACUGCCCUGCUUGUCACUAGCCACUCCGCUCUUCUGUAUAGUUCAUGCUACCGUAUCCUGCCAUUGGGUACGUGAUCGCGGAGUGAACGCUGACACAAUAAUCGGCUACCGUGCAGCAUUAUCAUCACCAGUUCGCGAUGACACAAACAUUACAAUACUUCCACCGCAAACAAGAGAGGUGCAUUAUGAGAAUUUGGUGCCAUCCACGAUGUAUACGCUACAAAUUCAACCAAUCACAAAUCGAGGCAUGGGAAAAACACUGUCGACGAAUUUUGUGACACAUUCAAAAAUACUUGACGAGAAUAUUAUCGAACGAUUCCCGGGUGGAGAGAUUAUUGAACUGCCCUUAGAGGCCUCAUCUAUUUCACUAUUGCCUUUAUCCACCAUCCUUCUAUUAACCUCUCUAAUUGUACUUUUAUGA